GGGCCCUCCUCGAGGGGCAGACUCCUCCAGCUCCCCAGACUUUGGUCGUCCCUCCCAGGAUGUGCCCCCUUCCCCGCGAACUCUCCCUUCUCUAGCCUCCCCCGGCCCUGUCGGGGAGCUUCUUCCUAUCCCUCACAUUUCCUCGCCCUCACGGCUUCCUACUUCUCCAUAGAGAUCCCAGCCUCCUCCCAAGAGCUGAGGCGUCCCAUCCCUCCAACCCAAGCUCGGCCCUUUCCCCUGCCAUCGCAGCUUUCGCUAGGAUGGGAAAGGUUUCCCCAGCAGAAGCCGGGUUGCCUAGUUUUCCCCACGAGUGGGCGGAGCCUAUAGCAUGAGGCAUGGCCUUUGCGAGGCUGUGGGCGGAGCUUCCCUCGUCGGCGGAAAGGAGGGAGGAGGGGCCUCUGCUCCGGGGGCGGGACCAUGGGGGUCGGUCAAGCUCCGCCCCCUCGUCGGCCCUAGCCGUUUAUAAACGGAGCCCACCCAGGCGUCCGGUCCCCCUCUCAACCCAGAGGAGAAGCGUCCGAAACAGGAGCGGAUAGAGGAGCGGCGCCUCCUGGAGGAUCGGCCUCAGAUCCAGGAGACCCCGAAGGCCGGCCGCAGCCAUGACCCUCCGCCACCUUAGAAAGCUGCAACAGAAAGAAGAAGCAGCGGCCGCGCCGGACUCUACGUCCGCUGCCCCGGAUCAGGGGGCGGCCCCGGCCCCGGCCCCAGCCCCGGCCCCGGUCGCCUCCGCAGGGGAGGAGCUGUACGCCGCGCUCGAGGACUACCACCCGGCGGAGCUGUACCGCGCUCUGGCCGUAUCUGGGGGAACCCUGCCCCGCCGCAAGGGCUCCGGUUUCCGAUGGAAAAGCCUCAACCAGAGUCCUGAGCAGCAACGGAAAGUGCUCACCUUGGAGAAGGAGGAAAACGAAACCUUUGGCUUUGAGAUCCAGACCUAUGGCCUCCACCAUCGGGAGAAGCAGAAAGUGGAGAUGGUCACCUUUGUGUGCCGAGUUCACGAGGCCAGCCCGGCCCAGCUGGCAGGACUCACCCCAGGAGACACUAUCGCCAGUGUGAACGGACUCAACGUGGAAGGGAUCCGGCACCGGGAGAUCGUGGACAUCAUCAAAGCCUCCGGCAACGUCCUCAGACUGGAGACAGUGUAUGGAACCUCCAUUCGGAAGGCGGAGUUAGAAGCCCGCUUGCAGUAUCUGAAGCAAACUCUAUACGAGAAAUGGGGGGAAUAUCGAUCGCUGAUGGUGCAAGAGCAGCGGCUAGUGCAUGGUAUCGUGGUGAAGGACCCCAGCAUUUACGACACCUUGGAGUCCGUCAGAUCCUGCCUGUACGGCGCGGGCCUCCUCCCCGGCUCCCUGCCCUUCGGCCCCCUGCUUUCGGCCCCCAGCAGCUCCCGCAGCAGUUCGGGUCGGGCACGCGAUGGCUCCGAUGACUCAGUGUACCACACGUGCUUCUUUGGCGGGGCGGAGCCCCUAGCCCUGUGCCCUCCGGCCUCCAGCCAGGCUCCACCCCCGCCGCCACCACCGGCCCCCCGGCCCCUGUUGAGUCGCAGCGCUAGCGUGAAGUGCCCGGGCCCCGGCGGGGGCGGGGGUGGCGGCUCCCUCGGCCAGAUGUGGACAGAGGCCCGGGAGCAGGGCUUGUGCGGCCCCGGGCUGCGCAAGACCAAGUACCAGAGCUUCCGGCGGCGGCUGCUCAAGUUCAUCCCCGGACUGAACCGCUCCCUGGAGGAGGAGGAGAGCCAGCUGUAGGGGGUGGGGAACGCGGGGGGAGGGGGGAGCCUGAAGUUAUUUAUUUAUUUAUUCAGUAGAGGAGAGUGCGGACUGAGGCAGGCGGGGCUGGACCUGACCCUCCCCCCACUCUCAGACCCUUUGGGGUGAGCAGCGGAGAGAGGCGCUUGGGUCCCAGCCUCGGGGCUCUCCUGACAGUCCCAGGAGGAGAGGAGCUGGGCGGUUGGCAGGCUAGGCUUGGCCUGGACGAUCUGUGUCUGGGGCUUCCUUGAGGGGGACAUAGUGCCUUGUGGGGUCGCCCUUCACCCUGGAUGGAGUUCCAAGAAUUUUGCCCCACGCGCUGUCCGCUCCCCCGAUGUACUGUGCCUCUCUCCUCCAUCCCAACUCCAGGGGGAGGGAGAGGGAGACCCCAAUUCUCCCCCUCCUCUCUGCUCCCUCCUGGGGCCAAGUGGGAAUGGGUCGAGUUUCCGUGGCUUCUGGGGCUGCUUCUAGGUCCUCCCCUUUCUCCUCUGCCCUUGGCCACUGGAGGGCUCGGGCCGUUCAUCGGUGAAGUCAGUUCACUUGUACUUGGCAAGGCAGUCCAGGGAGGACGACCCCGAGAGCCCGCCAGGAACUGGGAAGGAAAGAGGACUCUUCCCGGAGCUUUCUCAGCCCCACCUGAAGGACUAAAUGGGGGAGUGGGGUGUGGGGGAGACCAGGCUGUUUGAAUGUUUGCCAUAUCGUUGUUUCUGAAGGAUAAAGUAUGAACAAACUAA